GAUUUGAUGCGACACUCACUGAAUUUUUGGGUAGAUCCGAUUACGUUUUAUGCACUAAUGAUUCCACAAUUCCCAAGAUGCCCGUGACCGUAUUUUGGGAAAUGGCCUGUAAUGGCCUUCAUUACGGAAUUUUGUCAAAUUACAGCGAUACAUACUUUCUCAAGCGAGAAGAAACAAGUCCAACAACUUUGUAUUCUACCCGUGUCAUUCAACCUAAUGAUACAAUCCGACUUUACGCGAAUGCGUUUACUAUAUCAGCCAACUUGCUAUUAAUGAUAUUGCCGGUGAAAAGUUGCCUCGUGUAG